UCACUCAUCUUCUGUUCUCAUUUUCUCUCCAGAAAUCUUCUCUCAUCUUCCCUUCGAUCACCCUUCGGCCGACAAACGAGACAAAACCUCGGUGUUUAAAAUUUGUCGUUGCCAUUGCAAAUAAGCUCUCAGAGACAGACUCGGUGGUUGUUCCAUCGGAACAUGGCGCAAUCGAUGGUGUGUUCCCCUUCCAGUGUAUAUGCGGUCUACGAUGAACUUCAAUUUGCCUGCAUAUCGCGAAACUUGGCCGCACGCAAGUGUACACUCCCACAAGAAAUAUCUCCCUGAGCUCUGUUACUCUAUCAAGGAUUGUACGACAAGUCAGUAUUACUAUUAAGCAUUUGUGGGUUUCUACUGAUAAGUGGCCAGUUAACCCAAUUCCCUCAUUUCAGUAUGGAGAUAAUAGAUAGCAACAUCAAUAUGAAUGAGCUCUUGCUGAAGCACAGUUGCAACUUGAUAAAAGAACUGAAUGUGGAGACUGCAAUUUCUCAAGUUGCUCAUCAGAUAAAAGAGAUUGAAGGAAAGAUAGCACAUUUUGAGGACAAUGAAUUACGCACAUAAAGGGAGUUCUACUUAGUGCAACAACUCCAGAAUCAGCUAUUUGCAGAUCGGCUUAAUUUGAUGUUGAAUAAUAAUGCUAAUAACAAAGUUGCUUCUGAAAAAGCUGGGGCAUAACUAGCAAUGAGUGAAUAACAAGAUUACAAGAUAGAUGGGUACCUUAUUAGGAGCAAUGACUGGAGCUUUGAUUGGCCAAGAGACCGAGAGUGGGUUUAUAAGAGGGGCUGUCAUAAGUGCUAUCUCUGGAGCAGUUUUUUCUCAAGAGGUCUUUGAGUCAUCUCUGCUGUUGUGGCAGUCAGCUGAAUCUGGAAUUGGGUGUCUCCUUUACUUGGAAUGCCCCAGAGCAUAUUAUUAGAAGAUGGAUAGUUUCGCAGCUGUAAUGAAUUUGACUUCAGUUGAUUAGGGGUUUUGGCAGAACAAAUGUUUAGCCCAGCUAAGCUCGUUAACAUCGCUGCAAAUAGCGACCCAAACAAAGUGAAUCAUAUUCAUUUCUGCUAAAAGGUCACUCGACGGAAAUGGAAGGCUUUUCCUGAAAUAGGAGUGGAAGAUUCUAUAGGAACUUUUGAGUUUGUGGCUGCUUCUUUGUUUCCUUCGUCUGCAAGGGUGAGGUUGGAGUUGUGGUCCAUAGGCAUGCUGAUUAAUAAAUAAAGCCUCUUCCAGCAGAACUUAAGGGAUGACCGCUAUUUCCAGGAAGAGGUGGUUUUUCUAAUGCUCUAUGGGGAGAAACACCUUUGCACUUGGCUUCUCACCGAAGGCGGCCUGGUUCCAUAGUCAGAGACAUGAGAUUUAUCUUUGAUUCUUUCCUUCGUAGUUGCAACUUUUAACAUUGGUUCUUCCAUGCUUACAUGGCCAAAACAACAACAGCCGCAUGUACGUGCUUGAUAAUACAUGAGGAAUUUUCUAAACUGAGUCUCUGCUUCUUGUGUUAAUCUUAUUGAGGUAAAAUCUUAUUGAGAAAAUGAAAGAACAGUCUGCUGCCUUUGAUUUUUAUGAUCCCCUGGUUAACUCUUGUGGUGCUAAAGUGGUCCCUGAUUCGUUGUCUCUUUCAAAGGCACUGAGCUGGAUUCCGGAGUCAACGUUGCUGUAUGUGAACACCCUACUGCCAAUGAUUAUUUUGAGGCUCAGGUAUACUGGAGACACUAUGCAGUGUAUCGGUUGUAUCGGUUGUCUGCAUUCAGUCAGCAUAAGCAGAGUGAAUAAGUCAGGAUAUGCAUUGGGAUUAUCUUGUGUGGUUUAGAAACAUCAUCAAAUGGAAUAGUGGGGUUCAAAAGAACCGAACAGGAUAUUGUUACCUUACUAGGUUUGGGCAUGUCACAGAAGUGUCGUGGGAUGUUUUGUGUAAUGUAAGAUAUGUUUUAACAAAGGGAAAUGAAGUGAGGGUCAAAAUUAUAAACAUAGAUAGGUGAUUUACAAUACUGAUUUACUCUUUACACCUUUGAGAUCUGAUUCUUUUUUCCCCUACCGAUAUAACAUUUUCCCGUGAAAAGGUGAGAAUUUCACUCUCCAUUAAACAAUUAUAGGAUGAUCUAUGAAUGAUCUAUUGCUGGAAACACUAAACAAAGUAAUUUCCCAAGUAAGAGUCUGUAGAGUUCUUUGUGUGGUUAGCUAAAAUGAUUUUUUGUUUAAAACUCUGGUUCGAUAACAAGUGGAUACCACUAUACCAGCCGUAUGUGUUUCACUUGGAGAUACAUUAUCCACUGAAGAGUUGAAAUACUAUCUUUGGUUUUUAAUCUCCUUUUUUCUCUCUUUUCUUUUGCUUGGUUGAAUGUUUGCAUGUUUACGGUACUUGUGUUUAGAGUAUAAGGGAAGAAGUUGUUUUAUCCCCAGAUCAUGCACUUUGUUUAUAGCUCCAGGGAGAGGUAUUAUUUCUUAUAAUUUGCAUCCUUAACUAAAAUCACUUGAAUAGUUCCUCAAAUGUUGUUUUUCUUUUACAGAGCACCCUCACGUUGGUUCAAAUAAUUUUAAUCUGUUUACUAGCUGCAGUCACACAAUGUUUACAUUAGUAGGUGUUUCAUUGACGUCUUUGAUUGUGUGCACCAGCUGAACUGGUUUUGCUCAAUAUUAUUUUAGUUAAAUGUACCAAAUAGUCCUGUUUUAUUUCCUCAUCAAUCACAUCUAAUUUGAUGAGGUAUUACCUUUUAAACUUUUAGGAAUAUUAUUCUUAACUGUAAUAACAAUUACAUUUGAUCCAUUCAUGUACUUGUCCUUGCCUCUUCCAUCAACGGCCAUCAGGAUAAUUACUGUGACUUUGUUUUAUGGUGAUGGAAGUGCCCUUCCUAUGCCGUAUACAGUUACUGUACUAAAACAUGGUUGCCUUCAAGAUCUCUUACAAGCUCUAGGAAGAGAAUGUUGCUUACAGAAUGAUGAAUAUUUGUUGCUUAUAUCUUUAAUUUUCAUGAAGGUUUAUCAACAUCGAAUAUUUUGGUACUUAGAAAGCUCUGCUGAGCCAUUGCAGUCAGUUAAGGAUGAUGAACAAAUAGUAGCCUACAGACUUCCCAAAAGAGCAAUAAGAUCAGCAAAACUGGAGAUUUGCCACCGGGAGAAAGGUAUCAUAAACAACUCAAAGGCUGGAGAGUGGAAGCCCUUCUUGACACCACUUGUUACUUUCUUGGAGAAGGACCCUGUGACUGGAGUCAAUAUAGAUCUUGCUGUUGACAGAAUGCUUUCUCCUUUAAGAAGAAAAUCAUAUAUCAAGUCGACAGUUGGUUUUGAGGAUAGGCAAACUGGAUCUGACUCGGAAGUUGUAGACGAUCCCAUGAACUGUAGCACUGAAUAUGGUUCUAUGUCCGAAUCUGCUGAUGAUAUAGAACCAAAAGAAAGUUCCAGUAGUGAAAUGUCAUUCCAUCUCUGCAUAACUGACGAACGGGGUAUGAAAUGCAGGCCGAUUCUGAAUAACACACCAAUAAAACUUGGAACUGGUGUAAAGGUAUAUCUGGACUGGACUGAAAAAGAGCACGAAUUCUGAAUAACACACCAAUAAAACUUGGACCUGUUCAUCGCUAUUUAGUGUUAUUUAUCUUUCUACCUUUUUCUUCAUAAUUUGGCAUCUUGAUUUUCCAAAGUUUUAUUAGAUGAGAAACAAAAUCAUUCUUUUCCAUUUUGAACCCUCACCUGCUCCCGCUCCCGCUCCCAUGGCCAAGCCCUUACAAUUUGCAAAAACUCUAUUCAGGUUUGAGUACUUGUUUCUAUAUUUUUAUCUACCUAUUUGUUUUGAGUGUUUAUUCAUAUAUAUUUUUAUCAGAAUUUAUGCAUUACUCUACUUAAGUGCAAUGUUCAUAGAUGUAUUCAAUUUAUAUAUUUAUCCCUAGAUGCAAUGUUCUUUUGUAAACCAGGGUAACAAACCUGAAGAAUUGCUCGACAAGGUAUUAUGUUGUGUACGUUUAAAUGACAUUGAUUACGCGAGUUAUCAGCAACUAGGCUUGAAUCAAGAUAUCUUUGAAUAAACGCCACCCGCCUAAAUUAUGUAAACUCCCUAUAUCAUCAGUGCGAAUAAAAGUUAUUUUUUCUUUUUUCCGGCUUAAACUUCAUAAUCAUAAACUCAAACUCCCUCAUUUUUUGAACAUCUUUUUCAUACAAUGCAACUCUCUUAUAAGACCAGUUUAGUUUGUUCACCCAGUGUAUAUCUUAUUUUUUUUGAAAUAGUUGAAAUAUAUUUUCCCGAUGUUGAGUUUUUUUGUGUGUGCAGGAACUUUGAGAUUGUGGCUGCUUCUUUGAUUCCUUUGUCUACAAGGGUAAGUAUUUAUUAAGUCUCUCAUAUGUUUGUCUUUUAUCAAGUCUCUCAUAUCAAGUUGCAAGGGUAACUACAAUACUGGAACUCAAAGGCUUUUUCUAUGUGAGUGCUUUUCUAUGUACUAUUUCCUUCGUUUUCCUAAAAAAUUGUUUUCCUAUAUAUUCUUGAGAUAUGACUGAUUUUCCAUAAGAUAUUAUGUUGAUAGGGGAUAUUUAAUCCGAGUCUCAUGGAGCAUGUAUGUUUAUGCGAUAAGAGAAGUGCAUUAGUUAGUAUGGUAUGCUUUGCUGAUAAUUGAAACCUGCACUUAGUACAUCCAUUUUUCUUUUAUGAGGUGCAUCAGAUAAGAUUAUUUUUACUUUUAUGAGGUGCAUCAGAUAAGAUUAUUGUGCAUCAGGUUGACAAUUUGGUUAGUAACAUGUUUGUGCUUUUUAUUAGAUGCUAAUAUUGUAUCACUAGAUUUUUGCCUAAUUUGUGAUUUAGUCAUCUAUGUAAUAGCACUACAAAUUUUAAGACAAAAAAAAAUCCGUCCCAAAGCUUAUCAUUAUCUCCAUCUUUUGAUCUGCGUAUUACAUCACACAUAAGGAUCAACCUUGCCUUUCACCUAUAUACAUUUUGGCCCGUCUCUUAUUUCAUUUGUCGGAAUAUCUGAUUGUCUGAGAGCAUAUGAUCAGAAGCUGCGCAGUCCCUCCAUAUGCAGAUGACUUCGACCUAAGGUCAACUAGCUCUUCUACAUUUUCUCUAUUCCAAUGAAAGGUGCCUGAUGAUAUUUUGUUUUAUUCUUAAUUUUCCGUAUAUCCAAACUUUUACGUACUACACUUGCAUCACGUAUCAACUGCCACCAUCAUUCAUGGCCUUCAAUUAUAUGUUGACUUAUGUAAUUGGUUCACUUGAAUGAUUAACUUCAAAUUAUGUUACAUCUUUACCGAGCAUUCAUGGCCUUCCUAAACUAUCUGGUUUUAUGCGGCAUCUUUACCGAGCAUUGGGCCCUGACCGUCGCGCAACGCGCGUACCGACGCUAGUAUAUAUAUAUAUAUGCAAGAUCAAGAGAAGAAGUUAGUGUGCUUGACCGAGCUACUAGUGAGAGAUGUUCACAAAAGAACUACCAAGUCCCAGGCACCUAAACCUUCUCACAAGAAGUUCUAGAUAUAGUUUUCUUUUUCGUUCUUUUCUCCAUAUUGUAAUCGGGUUUUGAGGAUUAGCUAAGUGUAGCAUCCUCAGGUCGGCUAGUGUGUUGUGAGUGUUUUGUUGUAAAGCUGAGAGGCUCUCUACCCGCAAGGUAGAGAAGCAUAACUCUUCCUAGAGAGGAUAGAGUUGGGAUGGAUCAAGGGUAGAUUAGGAAAGUUUAUCUUGUAACCACAAAGGCUUAUUAGUGAAGUUGUUAAAAUUCCUCCGAGGGAGGUCGAUGUUUUUAGUCCCUUUGAGCCAAGGGAUUUUUCCUCGUUAAAAUCCUUGUGCACUUUAUUAUUUCGCUUCACCCUAUAUCCCACACUAGAACUUGGCGAAAAAUUGUCACGGUUCCCCACACAUAAUUCACCCUCCUUUUGUUUUGCUAACCGCUUUAUCAAUAUUUGUAUUACUACCUCCGUCCCAUAUUUAUCUUCAUAGUUCGGUUUACGAUGCUUGACUGACGAUAAAGCAACUCGAUCCCUGUUCACACUCGGAUUACUUUUAGUAAAUAAAAUUUACAUAUUCAGAAACUACAUUAAAACUGCUACAAAGCCUGAUCAAGAAAAUUUAAGUUUGAUAAGAAUUUGAUAUAUAAAGUAAAAGAUUAAGAGUAAUUUGAGUUGACCAUGUGAAUAGUAACUAUGAAGAUAAUUUUGGGACGGAGGGAGUAGUAUUUUGGAGAGCUUCCCUGGGAAGACUCCGAAAAGCGCAGUUUGAUUCCUAUCAUUUUUUGAGAAAUUGUUUUUCUCAAGUGAACCUUAUCUAGUCAAAAAAUUAAAUUUCUUUUCCUAUUUGCUUACGUGUCAAGUAGACUUAAUUUUCUGAUAAGAUGGGGUGCUUUUUGGGUCGUCUCUGACCUUAGAAUGUGUAUUUAUUUUCAAAAAAAAAAUCGUUUAUUUCUUUUUACUUCAAUUUGCUAUUCAAACAAGGGAAAUGCAUCCUUUAUCCGUUUUCAUCUCCUUACGUUUUAAAAAUGUAUUGUCUAUUUGACUUGUCUGGUUCAUUGUGAUCAGGGACGGAACUAUCAACAAGGUUAGGGGGGCCUUGGCCCCUCCCAAGUAUUUUAUUUUUUAAUAGUAUUAUUAGUAUUAUCUAAGUACUUCAUAUGUCCUUUUUAAUGUUUUACGAGUAGUUAGUAUUUAUCUGCUUAUUCCCAUGUCCUUUUUAAGCUUUUAGUUCAUGGAAUUUAUCUUCCAGUAAUUUAUUUACGAAUUUUACUUGUGAAUGGUUUUCAAGGUUUCCUUUUCAUUUGUAAUUUUUUAGUACUUGCUUGAUAAUUUAGUUGUGUAUGGAUAGUUAUAUGUUAAUAUACAUGCAAUAUAAACUUUAUAAUAAUAUAUAUUAUAUGUAGUAUUAAAUUAAAGUGAUACAUAGUAUUAUUAUAUAUGGUUGAUAGAAAUAUCAUAUAUAUAAUUUUAAAUUUAUUACUUAAGUCAUCUUUAAUUAGUGAAAAAAUAAAUCUAUAUAUAAGGUUUUGUUUCGAGCUCGAAGUAUACGUAGUAUAUACAUUUUAUUGCUUGUGUUCAUUCUUGACCCGCCCCCCUAUCGUCAAAUCCUGGCUCCGCCCCUGAUUGUGAUCCCAGAUUUAAAUAUGAAAAAUUACUUCUUAGUGCGAGACAUAUAUAGUGAGUAUUUUACAUCUGCACUACGUUUUUGGCAUAAGUUAUGAUGUCCAUUAUUGGUCCCUUUCUCAACUUGGGGAGGUGUUCAAACACGACAAAAAAGAAUGAAUGAAUGAACGGACGGAGACGUCGGAGAAGCGAGUAAGCGACCCCAUAGUUCUAGCUCAUGCAAUAUGC